GUCUAUCAAGUUGUGCUUCAGUCCGUCAGAGAGCCCCGAGUCUAUCUGGCUCGCCUUCUCUCUUCGCAUCCAGUCACUCAGGGGACUCAACUGGUUUCCGGACCUUGCAGUUUUGUCUUUGACCUGCUGUCCGAUGAUCCGACCGCCAACAGUGAGUCCCUUCUCGACACGAGCCUCGAUGCCGCUCGGUUGUACGCGAUCACGGCCAGCGAAGUGGAGAUCGCCCGCGAGGCCUGGACCGAGGUGGAUCAGCUGAUGAUGGCGUGGCGAUGGGCGAUCGACUCGCGAAUACCCGUCACCGAGUGCGAUACAGCCGGUGUCAGCCUGGCCGCAUGUGCCGCCUGGCUGGGAGGGGCGGAACGCUGGCUGGAGAGGGCCGUGGUGGGAUGGCGAGAGCCGGCCGAUCGUCAAAUGGCAGUGGGUGCUACAACGAACGAGUACGACACGACACCGGACUUGGUGGAGCCGGCGCCGCGUCCAGAGCUCGAGGCUCUGCUGGCAGAGCGCGAGGUGAGCACUGUCACUUGUCAACGUUGCAACUGGAUCCUUUUGAGGGAUUCCAGGAUAGGCACUAAAUGCAGCGAAAUGUGUAGAUACCAAGCAUAA